AUACAAAAUUUAGUUGAUUUAAAAUUUAAAUUAAAAUUCAUAUAAGAUCAUAAUUUUCUAAUUUCAUUGGAGAAAAUUAGAGUAUUAUAUGGUGAUAGGGAAAUUGUUGACCAUAGUCUUGUUAUUCUCGUACCUCGUAUUUUUCGAAAUGUCUGUUGUAGCCUAGAAAUGACAUCAAGGAAACUGCUCCACCUCCACAAUAUCAAUCCAAGAACCCACAGCUCUCUUCGGUAUCACACCAACUCAUCGACCCUUUUCGCCCCGCCAUUUUUGCCGAAGCCGCCUUCAGUUCUAGCCACCACUGUAAUCAAAUCGUACUUCGAAAUGGGCCUCGUCAAAGAGGCUCGCAUCCUGUUCGACGAAAUGCCUGACAGAGACGUGGUUGCUUGGUCGGCCAUGAUCAGUGGCUACACCUCCUGCAACUCCCACGCGAACGCUUGGAGAAUGUUCCAAGAGUUUCUGAGGGAUGGGGCGGGCGUGCAGCCCAAUGAGUACACCUUCUCCAGUGUGCUCAAGGCGUGUAAAAACAUGGCCUCGCUCUCUUGUGGCGCGUUGGUUCAUGGUCUGGCGCUCAAGCAUGGCGUGCUCGGCAAAAUUUACGUCGAGAAUGCACUUAUGGAUAUGUAUGGCACGUGCUGCGAUGGUAUGGAAAGAGCGUGCGCCGUUUUUGAGGAGAUUCGAGUUAAGAACUCGGUGUCGUGGACUACUUUAAUUGCUGGUUAUACUCACUUGGGAGAUGGCAAUGGUGGGCUCAAAGUGUUUCGACAGAUGUUAGUGGAGGAGGCCGAACUAAAUCCUUACAACGUUUCAAUAGCUAUUAAGGCUUGUGCUUCAAUCGGCUCGCAAGCGUACGGCAAGCAGAUACACGCCACGGUAUUCAAGCGUGGCUUCGAAACAAGUAUUCCCGUAAUGAAUUCUAUCUUAGACAUGUACUGCAGGUGCAUCGGUUUGAUCGAAGCAUAUCGAUGCUUUAAAGGGAUGAAAGAGAGAGACAUAAUCACAUGGAACACAAUGAUUGCAGGAUAUGAAAAAUCCGAUCCACACGAAUCCCUCAAACUAUACUCGGUUUUGGAAUUCGAAGAAGGCCUCAAUCCAAACUGUUUCACAUUCACCUCCAUGAUAGCUGCAGUGGCUAACAUGGCAGUUUUAGGGAUCGGAGAACAAUUUCACGGAGGGAUUUUAAGAAGAGGCCUCGAGAACGACAUGGGAGUGGCAAACGCUUUAAUCGACAUGUACGCUAAAUGUGGAAACGUAAUAAAUUCGUGCAAAAUUUUCGACGAGAUGGAGGCUAAAAACGUCGUUUCGUGGACCUCUAUGAUGGUUGGAUAUGGAAGCCAUGGGCUUGGAAAAGAAGCUGUUGAAUUAUUCGAUAAGAUGGUUCAAUCGGGAGUUAAGCCCGACCGGGUUGUCUUUGUUGCGGUUCUCAAUGCUUGUAGUCACACAGGGCUAGUCGACGAGGGCUUAAAGUACUUCGAGUCGAUGGUGAAAAAUUACGAUAUUACCCCUGAUCAAGAAAUUUACGGGUGUGUGGUGGAUUUGCUUGGUCGUGCAGGGAGAGUUAAGGAAGCGUAUGAGCUUAUAGAAUCGAUGCCUUUUAUGCCAGACGAGUUUGUUUGGGGGGCUUUUCUUGGAGCCUGCAAAGCACAUAAGCUAUCCGAAUUGGGGAAGUUGGCAGCUAGUAGGGUUUUGGAUUUGAGGUCUAGUGUGGCGGGGACGUAUUUGGCAUUAUCGAAUAUAUACGCGGCUGAUGGGAAAUGGGGGGAUUUUGCGAGGAUAAGGAAAUUGUUGAGGGGUAUGGGGAGUAAGAGAGAGGCGGGGAGGAGUUGGAUCGAGGUGCGAACUACGGUUUAUAGUUUUGUUGCUGGAGAUAAGUUGGGUUUGCAUAUCGAGUUGGUUUAUGAAACGGUGGAUGUCCUGAGUUUGCACAUGAGAGAAGUUGGAUUUAUUAAUCUUGAUUUGGAUUGCUUGAUUCUUGAUUUAGAAGAUGCGACUUGAACGAGAAAAAAAAACGGAUAUUUAUAUUCUUGUUGUGGUGGAGCUAUAUAAAUGUUUAUGAUUGGCGCCCAAAAAAAAGGUAGAUUAGAUUCAUUCUUUCAUUCAUUCAAUCUGGUGAAAUGAUGUAUUUUUAGCUACACGGAGCUUUUCGAGUAUUGGUCAAGAAAGAAGAAGAAUAAGAACAAGUUUCAGCAUAACCAUGUAUACUCGGGAAUCGGGAUAGACAUCAGCUAUUGGCUGGCGACGAAAACUAACUGCAGAUUUUGAUUGUAUCAGUAACUUU